GGUUGAGUCAAUGUCCUAGAGCCCAAGUUGAGUCACAACAGUGGGUGACUGACGGCUUCACUCUACGGAUUCUAGAAGUUGAAAAUGGUCAUUGAUUGUAAAAAACACCAAUUUGAAAUUCCACAGCGUGCUGUGUUUAGCCCUGAAGAUGUGAUUAAAUGGGAACGAUCAAAUGCCUACCAGGACAUAUUAGGUUUCUUGACUGCAAUGAAUGCAGCAGUGAAAGGCAAGAAGUUGAGUGCUGAGUGUAACAUGAGUCCAGUUACAACUGGACUACUAAACCUGCUGGAUACACUCAGCCAGUGGAUAGAUGACAUACCUCCCAUUGACCAGCCUCAGCGUUAUGGCAAUAAAGCAUUUCGGGACUUUUAUGCUAAACUCAAGCAGAAUGGUGAAGAAGUUGUACAAGAAGCAUUACCAGAGGAGUUUCAUGCAGCUGUCCCAGAGAUAACAACCUAUUUAAUAGAGAGUGUUGGCAAUUCAACUCGUAUUGACUAUGGAACUGGACAUGAGUUAUCAUUUAUAAUUUUUCUUGCCUGCAUCUUUAAAAUAGGGGCUUUGAAGCAAGAAGAUUCUAUUGCAGCAGUCACAAAGAUAUUUAAUCGGUAUAUUGCUUUAUCACGUAAACUUCAGAUGGUCUAUAAGAUGGAGCCAGCAGGCAGUCAAGGGGUAUGGAGCCUAGAUGAUUAUCAAUUUAUUCCUUUUAUUUGGGGAUCAUCACAACUACAGAUGCACCCAAAAAUUGCUCCAGAGAUGUUUAGCAAUGAGAAGAUCGUCAAUGAUAAUGCAGAUGAAUAUAUGUUUUUGGCAUGUAUUAAGCAUAUAUUAUCGGUGAAAACUGGGCCAUUUGCUGAACACUCCAACCAGCUGUGGAAUAUCAGUGGUGUCCAGUCUUGGAGUAAGAUAAACCAAGGCUUGAUUAAGAUGUAUAAAGCUGAGGUUCUCCACAAAUUUCCUGUUGUUCAGCACAUGCUGUUUGGAACCAUCUUGUCAAUAUCUCCAGCAACAGAGAUCACCUUCCAUUCUCCAGGCACUGAUAUGCCAAAUAUGAGAAUUCCUGCGACUGUUGGACAGGGAUUUAUGCCUCCUCGAAUGAAUGCUAUGGCUUCACAAGGAACAAUGCCAGUAACAGAUGGAAUGCCAAAGAAUAUUGGUCAGAUGAGUAAGAUGCCUCAAGAUUUGCCAUUUACCGAUACUUCAUCAGUUAUGCCCCGAGAUAAUAAAAUGCCUCAAGGAUUAUGUUCAGUGGACAAAGUAGGCUCUAGUAUGUACCCUGCCAGCAAAAAAACAAUAGGUAUACCUUAUGCAGAAGGAAGACAUCCUGCAAUGUCUCCAUUAAAUUCUUUACCUCCUGACAUAUUUCCAAAGGCCACAGAUCACGCACAGUAGUGAAAAACCACAAGCAUACUUUAAUGCUCAAGAGGAUUGUGUAAUUCUGUAAAGGUAUGACUGUAGUAUUACAGUAUUCACCAAAUUGGGGAAAAACAAUAUAGUGUGUUUAAUUAUGCCUUAUGUAAAGGUAAAAUACAGUAUAAUUUCUCCGAGGCUAUGGGUCCCUACACUUGCACCAGUGGUGGUACCCCCUUCUAGGUAUAAUUUCUGUAUAUUUAAAAUAUAGUACGGUACAUUGAAUUAAAUUCAUCUUGUAAGGUUGUAACUAAUUAUGGUACUGUAAUGCAGUCAUUUUCUAAACUCCAAACUGCUGGCUUUGGUUAAUAUUGGAAUGAUUGCCAGCAGACAUAUUAAGGAAUUUACUUUCUCCUGUAUUGAUUUGUUUUUACUUGUAUUUACUCAACCCCAAAAGUCAGUCAGUCUUCAAGUGGUCCAAGUGACAAGACCAAAACCUCCAAAUACAGACUUUUAGCUGUUAACAGAUUGGUUUGAUCAGUAGUUGUCCUGCAUCAUCAAAAUGUUACCAGGUAGUGGGUUCUUGCUGCUUUUAAUGUUGACGAGUGUCUUUAUGUACAGUAUAUCACUUACAAUGUCAGAGUUGAAAUGUAUGCUUUAUGCUUCUUUCAAAAAUGGGGAUGAUUUCUACCUUGAAAUCAUUUAUCAGAUGGUAUGGGUGCUAAGCCAAAAGACCCAGGCAUGAAUGUCGAGCCUUGUUAAAAGCUGAAUGGCUUUAUUUUGAAAGUGACACAGCUUCAAGUAAAUUAGUAUCCAAAAUGACUUGUGGCUUUCUUCCCAUUUAUGUAUUCAUUUGGCCGAAUACUGGAAUAUUUUUUCCUUUUCCACUACCUCAUUUUUUAACACUACACCUUCACAUACUUGGUGACGAUUAUGCAUUCUCCAAGAUGUAGAAGCUUAAACAAAGGAGAUAACGACAACAACAACAAAAAAUAAUUGCCCCCCCCCCCAAAAAAAAAAGGGUGGAUAUUGGUGGAAAUAACAGAUAUUGGCAUUGGGCACUGUAUUUAUAUGAUAUAUAACAAAAUACAGCAUAAUUACAUACAUACUCAUUAUUAUUUGUGUUAUUAUGUAUUUCUCAGUAAUGCUAGAAAGGCACCAACUGCAUAUCCAUUUUGUGGACACUCCUUACUUCUAUUCUUUUGUGUGUGUCGGACAGGUGCUUGCAUCUUUGCAUUAUCCCUCAGUUCCAGUUAAUAGGAGCCGUUCUCCUUAUCAUCGGAACUUUUUUUUUUUUUUUCUUUUUUUUUUUUUUUAUCAUAGAAAAUCCAUUUCUUAACAUAUUGGGAUGAAAAUUUUCACGAUGCUGAUCCCAAAUAACAUGAGAUUUGUUUAACAGUUUGCACUAUAUUUCAUAUUUGGACAAAUAUUUUUGUGCACCUGGCCCCUUAACACAUCAAGUAUGAAAGGUAUUCAGUUAUCAACUCUCUUUAAUUAUGCUUGUGUAAUCUGCUUUGAAUGUGGCAAGCAAUAUAUAGAUUCACAGUUUAAGCUGCUCGGCCUUAAAGUAGUGGCAGUAACAAAAUAUUUGAUUAGAUAAAAGUUUGUUGCAACAAUUGGUUAAAAUAUACAAUAAAGUUCUAAUAGAGUAUACAAAUUAAUUUGUUAGCGUUUUUUGUUGAUUACAAAAAUGUCAUCUGUUCCAAUCAUGAUUUUGAUUCAAAUUUGAUUUUAAAUACUAUUCAUAUAUUAACUUUUAUAUUUCAUUUAGUGAGGAGUUCUGGUUGAUGUAAAAAAUUAUUGUUGCUUGUUUUUUAUAUUAAAUGUUUGUAUUUUAUAAAACAGCAGCCAUAAUGAUUCUAUGACACAGAAGCUAGUCCAUGAAAUAUUGUGUUUGUGUAUAUUCUUGAAUGUACAAGCAUUCAUCAACAUAAUAUACUGAACAAAUGAGGACUGGAUCCAAUUAGCUAUUUACUGUGGUUCGUUGUAUAUGGUGGUUGUGUACCAGCUAUCACUUCAUAAUUUUUGGGCUAAAAAUACCUACUAUACUUCAUUAUUAAUUACUAUAUCUUUAAAAAUUAGUAGUGGUUUGAUAGAACUGUUGUAAUAAACUAAUAAUGUUUUUGUUUUUAAUCUUAUUGAACUCUCGCUAAAUAUAAAUAACAGAGUUCAUGAGUAUAUCCAGAAAAAUAAUCCGGCCAUGUUUUAGUUUGAACAAUCAAGAGUUGACUGUAUAUAGUUAUAAAUUUGUUGAUAUUACUGGAGUUUCAAAAGUGUAUAUGGCUACAUUUAUAAUUAUGAAGGAUAAUGCAUAAUGUCAAAUACUGUGUUUUAUGUGAAAUGUUUGUAAUGCCUCUCUGUAAUUUAAAUUGAUAUGCUAAUCCAAGAAAAUAUUUCACUAAAAUUUACUUGCUGUAAAUCCUCCCAGCAGGAUGUAAAUACAAUGGUACCUCAG